GCGGGAUUGUGUUGACAGUCUCCUCCGGUAGCAGUUAGGAAAGGCUAAAAAAAGCCAGUGGAAGAGUUCAUCACAUUCAAGACAUGCAGAAGGACAACAUUUCUUAUAGAAGAAUGGAAGAUUUGCAACUAUAGCUGCACUGAAGAAUUAUGAAGUGGUUUUGUGUGGUGCUGAUGAGAAAAAUACAAUGUCACAUUUGGAUAUGUUCAGCGUUGGUUCCAAGGACAGACAAACCAGUUCCACAUCGCUUUAUCUAUGGCUGUAGACUGCUGUCAGAUUGUAAGUGUAAGAACAUUAAAGACUCUUACAGGCUGCUUCAACUUCAGAAAGGCUGUUCGCUGGAUGAUGUCAGAAAUUCAUACCGAGAUCUUGCCAAGAAAUAUCACCCAGACAGUGGAUCGCCUAAAGCAGAUUCUGCAACUUUUGUGCAAAUUGAAGAAGCCUAUAGAGUUGUACUUAAUGAUGUAGCCAAGAAUAUUAAAUUAAGAGAAAAGGAAGAUAAUGAUGAGGAAGACAAAUUUAAAUCUAAAACACCACAACACAGACAGUAUUUAAGUUUUGAAGGUAUGGGUUAUGGUACUCCAAGCCAAAGAGAAAGGCAGUAUAUGCAGUUCAGAGUUGAUCGGGCUUCUGAACAGGUCAUGGAAUACCGAAAGCAGAAAAUGGAGCGCCAACUUGCUAUGAGUGAUGCUAUGUUAGUUAAAGAUGUACGGCAGAGUAAGAAAGCAAAAAUUACCCAAGCAAUUGAACGGUUGGUUGAAGACCUCAUUCAGGAAUCUAUGGCAAAAGGAGACUUUGAUAAUCUUGGUGGUAAAGGAAAGCCAUUACAAAAGUUUUCUGACUGUCCACAUGUUGAUCCUAUGACUCACAACCUGAACCGGAUCCUGAUAGACAAUGGAUACCAACCAGAAUGGAUUCUCAUGCAGAAAGAAAUACGGGAAACAAUUGAAAAACUAAGGAAGGAUAUGGUCGCUUCUAGGAAUAAACUAGGUGAUCCAAUGACACCACAAAAAGAGAAACAAUGGGAGGAGGUUUGUGAACAGUUUAUAGAAAAUAUCAAGGCAUUAAACAAAAGAAUUAAUGACUUCAACUUAGUUGUCCCAAUUCUCAGCAGGCAAAUGGUGCAUUUUAACGCAGGCAAAGAAAUUGCACGUGCCCAGGAGAUCUAUGCAACUCAGAUUAAAAAAAAGUCCAGAAAAGACACACAGAAAACAGAAGACGAAAAUGGUAAAGCAUCUGACAUUAAAACCAUUUUUUUUAAAGUGGAUGAAUCUGAUUUUGAAGAAAGGUUAAGCAGAUAGUCACUAUUACACACACUUUAAGAUUCAUAUUACUUCUAGAAGACAUGGAGUUUUUUUUCAGCUUACUGUUAGAAAGUCCCUAUGUGUAAGUAUACGAACAAAUAAACACAUUUCUACCAGCAA